UUAAAACUUGUUUAUGUUCAAUGACCGUAGAACAGAAACUCUGCAUUGAAACUCAGUUAGUAGAUAUUUAAAUAGGUGGAUUGGUCAUGCUACAGAACAAAUUCAAUCAGCAAGGCAGGCGCACCUGUUGUAAUUAAAGGAUUUUUUUGCUAUGUUUAGUUUUAAAUAUUUUUUUAUCUUCCUACUUGGAAGUUUUUCAUUGUGCCAUGGGAGACAUGGUGAAUUUAUAACAAAAGAAGAUUGGAGGUAUGAUAUUAUAAAUUUUAAAGUGCCUGAAAGUAUUUGGCAGCAAGCUUUUAAUCCAACUCCCGUGCUCAAGUCUCCAGUGACUAUUGUAGUUCCAAUACAUGUAGCAGAAAACGAGGAAAAUGAAACCGUAUAUGAGGACGAGAAUGAAAUUGAUCCAAUUAAUGAUGCCCCUAUUGAAAAUGUACCAGUAAGCGAUGAGCCGGUAAGCAAUGCACCUGUGACAGCUGCAAUAACAGUGUCUGAUGUAACCCAAAAGCCUACAAUACAAGAUGAGGUUGCAGGCCCUGUUGGCAAUGUAAACGGAACAGUGAUAAGAUUCCCAUGCAAUUGUAGAUCUGGCCAAUGCGGCUGUUGUACGGGAGCUGUAUUAGAACGAUUUAGAACGAAGGCAUGUGGAAAUAUAUCUUUCAUUCCUGAAGAUUUCGUUUUUGAUGUCAGAUUAAGCAUUAACAACAAUACAGUAAUUCGCCGGCGUGUUUCAGCGAGUGAUCCUCCACCAAUAUGUAUCAAUCCAAGAAGAGCACCUUUUAUUCGUGUUUGUGCUGAAAUAAGUAACAUUCGUGUACGAAAUGGAAAUGCUUUCGCCUGCUUGGAUAUUAAUGCAGAUAUCGCUGGAUUCACUAUUUACUCAGCUUCGUUUAGAUGUUUUGGAUUGGGAUCGGCUGGUGUCCAAACCGGCUUAAAACCUAAACCUGUGUCUUCUGGGCCGAAACCUGUAAAUUUGUUUGGAAACAGCAACAAUAACAAUGAAGGGACUAUUUUGGAUGCUGCAGGCGCACUUUUAGGAGGGGAAGGCAGUCGACCGAAUGGGGGACUUUUUGGGGGUGGUAAUGAUGGUCCCCUGGACGCAAUCGGUGAUGCUAUCGGUGAUAUUUUUGAGGGACGAUACAGUUAUACAACUAUCACAGAUGUAAUAAACCUGGAAGAUAAUGAGCAAAAUGACACUUCAUCGCAAUUAUUAAUCGAUAGAAUUAAGAUGGGAAAUUUUUCUAUAUUUUCACCGAACGCAAGGCAAGAAAGUAGUGAAGAAGAAGAUGAACCAACACAAAAUAGGAGGUGUACAUGCGCUUUAGGUGUGUGCAAAUGUUGUACUGGGCCUGUGUUGGACCUUUUCAAGCAAAAAGCAUGUAUGAAAGUUACAUAUCAUCCAGGAGAUUUUGCAUUCGAUGUGGCAAUGUCCCUAAACGACCGAACACUUUACGAAAACUCAAUGUCAGGUAAAAAUCCACGUCCUAUUUGUAUUAAUCCACCAAGAAUGCCCAAUUUAAAAGUAUGCGCACGAUUUUAUAACGUAUUUUUUCCUGGAAGAAACUUUCAUUUCUGCUUAGGGAUGACUGGAAGAUGGAGGGCCUUGGAAUUAUUUAAUCUCACAUUCGAUUGUUUAAGAAUGGGAGCAAAUGGAUUAGCAAUGAUAAAGCCAGAAGAAAACGGUGGCCUUCAUAUUCCGAACCCGCAUGGUGGUGUGGAUGCCGUAAUAGAUACUGGUGAAGAUGAUAUAGAAGAAUACGACGAACAAAACAUAGUUCGAUCGCUUCUAGAAAUAUUCGACAGAUAACCCCCUAUACAAUAACAUCACGAGUGUUAAGAAUUUAAUUACGUACAAUAAAUUAUUUAUUCAAAACAA